CUUUAGCUUUGAUUAAGUCACAUAAUUGGCAAUAAAAGUUUUAGCGCUGACCACAAGCCGGCUAGUUAACAUUAGCUGCUAGUAUGGACCGCAGUAGCUGGAGUGGCAGUGAGAGUCCAGGGGAGGACAUGGAUAGACUGAGUGACUCAGGAGGGGACAAGACCAUGGAUGGGGACCCCGAGGGGGUCUGGAGCCCCGACAUCGAGCAGAGCUUCCAGGAAGCGCUUGCCAUCUACCCGCCCUGUGGAAGGAGGAAGAUUAUACUGUCGGAUGAAGGAAAGAUGUACGGUCGAAAUGAGCUGAUAGCCAGAUACAUCAAACUCCGAACAGGCAAGACGCGGACGAGGAAACAGGUAUCCAGUCAUAUCCAGGUCUUAGCCAGAAGAAAAUCCAGGGAGUUUCAGUCCAAACUAAAGGACCAGAAUGCCAAGGAGAAAGCUCUGCAGAGCAUCUCCUCCAUGUCUUCUGCUCAGAUCGUCUCAGCCACAGCCAUACACAGCAAGCUGCUGCCUGGAAUAGUACGGGCCAGCUUCCCCGGCAACGCACAGCUGUGGCAGGGGAUGAUUCCUGGAGGACAGUCUAGCUCCACUGCAGAAGAUAUCAAGCCAUUCUCUCAGCAAGCCUACUCCGUGCAGACAGCAGGGACCACCACAAUCUCAGGCUAUGAGCCUCCCACUGCAGCCCAAACACACAGAGAGCCGGCAUGGCAUGGUCGCUCUAUCGGCACCACCAAACUACGACUGGUGGAGUUCUCAUCUUUUCUGGAGACACAGAGGGACCAGGAGGCAUACAACAAGCACCUGUUUGUGCACAUCAGCCAGAGCAGCCCGAGCUACAGCGACCCCCUGCUGGAGUGUGUGGAUAUCAGGCAGAUUUACGACAAAUUCCCCGAGAAGAAGGGUGGCCUCAAGGAGCUGUUCGGCAAGGGCCCUCAUAAUGCUUUCUAUCUGAUCAAGUUCUGGGCCGACCUGAAUUAUAACAUGCAGGACGAUCCCGCGGCCUUCUACGGUGUCAGCAGCCAGUAUGAGAGCUCAGAGAACAUGACCAUCACCUGCUCCACCAAGGUCUGCUCCUUCGGCAAGCAGGUUGUCGAGAAGGUGGAGACGGAAUACGCAAGGUUUGAAAAUGGGCGUUUCGUCUACAGAAUCAGUCGUUCUCCGAUGUGUGAAUACAUGAUCAACUUCAUCCACAAGCUCAAACACCUGCCGGAGAAAUAUAUGAUGAACAGCGUGCUGGAGAACUUCACUAUUCUGCUGGUGGUGAGCAACAGAGACACUCAGGAGACCUUGCUGUGCAUGGCGUGUGUGUUUGAGGUGUCCAACAAUGAGCACGGGGCACAGCACCACAUCUAUCGACUCAUCAAGGAAUAA